CUUUCUUUGUAAACAUUAGAGUAAAACAAGCUUAUAUUUUGGGUUUUGAUGGGGUACAAGAGUUGAACUAAGCUAAUGAGGCAGUAAAUUAUAUUCUUCAAGAGAUAAUGGGUACAUAAGGUUAUCGUUACUUUAUAAAUCCACCGUAGAAGUUCUCGGAGCAGGUGCAAUUUGCAUUGCAAGAACAAGCAAACGUAUAACACCUGGCUUGUCAUGCAGAAUUCAAAUUUGGGCUGUACAACAUGCAAAAAGGUAGGGUGUUUAGGUCUAGAAACGACUGGAGGGAUACUAGAUAACAAAAGUGUGGGUGGAAUGUACAGUAUCAUCCUCUGCCUCUGAAGAGAGCCCUCAGAAAAAAAGUUUUCUGAACAUGCCCGAACCAAGGCGCAUUUGUUGGUAGCAAGCCUUGCAGACACGGCUAAAGACGACACCCAGGUUAUAGUUAACACUCAAAAUGGAAAAAAUAGACUAUACAGCCCGAGUCUUCCGAACAGCUUUAGAACGAGACUAAACGUCAUAGGCACAGGCUCGUUCAUGGUUUUGAGCAAGAAAUUGACUGUCAGGAGAUACAUGGACUUGACAUGGGGAGAGUCAUUGUGGGAGGUUUUGAAAACUACGUUCCAUUGGACAUGCCUUGGGGACAAGUCAACACUGUUCAGUAACGAUAUCAACCAAACCAGGAAAUGUCCAAACACAGGGAGAGCGUCAUGUCACGAUCAGAGUUAACAAGGGAGCUCUUGGGCCAGUACAUCUCUGACACCCUCAGCAACAUUCACACAGUGAGGGAGUUCUGUGACAGGCAUUCCAAAUGGGCCCAUCAGAGGGAGACAGAACUGGAAAUGAUGAGGGACAUCAAGCAGAGGGCAGACAGAAUUGACCUUAAGUUCGACCAUGUCCGUAACUCUGAGACCAAGGCCAAGGCGUUUGGGGAGUUCGUAUGGAGCGGUCUGACCCAGGGGACUGCAGACAGUAGGCGUGAGGAGCUGGAGAAGGAGCUGGGAGCUGUACUAAAGGACACUCUGGGAGGCCUGGAGAAGCUGGAUUACUUCCUGAAUGCUGUGGAGUGUCUGGCGGUCACCUGUCUGUUGGUGUUUGAGGAGAACAGAUUCCUCUGUCUGCCUCAGGGGAUGAGCCCUGCCAGUGUUCAGGCUGUCAUCACUGCUGCCAGAAUAUCCUGCCCUCUCCUCAUUUACUUUAAGAGGGAUGCUAAGGCCUUCUUUAUGCCCAGCCUCCUCAAUGUAGAGGUGCUGACCCUCCAGCUGGACAGAUACACACAAAUCAGCCAGCAGCUCUGUAAGAGGAUGGACAUAGUUAGCUCCAUCAGUCAAAUGCUGUUUUGGAAAAAGAAGAAUGACAUCCCUGUGGUCAACCUUGGUGAUGUGAGUGAAAAGUCCAUAGAAAAGAUGAUGGACCAUUUGAAUCAGCUGAAUGAUAUCAGGAUGGACCAGCACCUCAGACUAACAUUCCUGUUCCAAGAGGCUGCUCAGCGCUUCAUUGGCCGGUUCAGCCAGCGCCGACCCAGGAUGGAGCAGUUUCUGACCGAUCUGGAGGAGAAUGCUGUGCAGCUGGACAGGAUGAAGCUGGGGGCUAAGAUCUCCAGUGUGGCAGGCAGCUCAGUGGGGGUAGCUGGAGGGAUCCUAUCCAUCGUGGGCUUAGCUCUAUCCCCUGUUACCGCUGGGGUGUCACUGGCUCUCACCAUUACAGGGGUCAGCCUGGGGGUCACCAGUGGGGUCAACAGUUUAGCCACUGGUAUCACAGAGAUGACGGUCAAUAGCAUCCAUGAGAAGAAAGCCAGUAAAGUCUUCCAGAGUUUCAUGGAGGACGUGGAGAGUCUCCAGGAGUGUCUGGAGGAUGUGGCCACUAAUAUGGAGCCCACCCAGGGGCAGAGCAUGGUGGACGGCGUGCUGGGGGCAGGGAAGGUGAUUGCCACAGCCGGGGCCAUUGGAAAAGGCAUCGACUCCAUAGUGGACUGUGCCUCGGCUCUGAGUGUUAAGACCCUUGCAAAGGAAGAUCUGAUUGCAAGCGCUGGUAAGUUGGCGCUCCAGGAAGGCAAAGCAGCACGAAACCUACCCAAGUUAGCAGGGGACAUCCCAGACAUUGGACAGGUGGCCAAAGGCACCCCACUAGCCCUCUCCAGCUCGGCGCGGGCUGGUUUUAUCACUCUCAACGCCCUCUUCAUUGGCCUGGAUGUUUUCUUCAUCUGUAAAGACAGUGUGUGCCUGGCCAAAGGCAGCAAGAGUGAGUUCUCCCAGCUCAUCCGUGCCAGAGCGGCAUUGUGGCGCACAGAGCUAGGCUCCUGGCAGAGGAUCUACGACUCGCUGUGUAGAGGAAUUUGGAAGUUCAGGAAGUGCCAGAGAAUCCUGGCGCAGCCUUUUUUCCCCUCCUGGAGGGGAAUCUGAAAGAGAAAAAAAUCAAUGUCAGACAACAUCAAUGACCAGUUUGAAGUUAGGGGCUGUCAAACAUACUGUACAGUUGCACAUACCGUACAUUGCCUAUCUGACAGUCAUUUUGAUUAUGCAUUUUACUUGAUUCUCCGUUAUUUUGCGGACGACACAGUGGUAGGCUUGAUUACCAACAACGACGAGACGGCCUACAGGGAGGAGGUGAGGGCCCUCGGAGUGUGGUGUCAGGAAAAUAACCUCACAACUCAACGUCAACAAAACUAAGGAGAUGAUUGUGGACUUCAGGAAACAGCAGGGGAACACCCCCCUAUCCACAUCGAUGGAACAGUAGUGGAGAGGGUAGUAAGUUUUAAGUUCCUCGGCGUACACAUCACAGACAAACUGAAUUGGUCCACCCACACAGACAGCAUCAUGAAGAAGGCGCAGCAGCGCCUCUUCAACCUCAGGAGGCUGAAGAAAUUCGGCUUGUCACCAAAAGCACUCAAACUUCUACAGAUGCACAAUCGAGAGCAUCCUGUCGGGCUGUAUCACCGCCUGGUACGGCAACUGCUCCGCCCACAACCGUAAGGCUCUCCAGAGGGUAGUGAGGGUAGUGAGUUCAUAUAUCUCUAUGUACAUAUUCUUUAUCCCCUUACACUUGUGUCUAUAAGGUAGUAGUUUUGGAAUUGUUAGCUAUAUUACUUGUUGGUUAUUACUGCUUUGUCGGAACUAGAAGCACAAGCAUUUCGCUACACUCGCAUUAACAUCUGCUAACCAUGUGUAUGUGACAAAUAAAAUGUGAUUUGAUUAAAUGUAAUAAUGUUUCUAUGAUUGUGCUGCUGACAUGUACAUGCACAGAAGACUUAUCUUCCUCCCUUCACCAGUAGUUGAAGACGUCUUGCUAACAGGCAAUGAAACAUGUUCGUGCAAUUUAUUCUGAUGUUGACUUGUGUGAAAAGAUUUCUAUGAGACUUUAUGAAAUGGAAAGGGACUGAUUAUGUCUGGUCUUAUUUGUGUCAAUAAUAAUAGGCCUAGUUUCUGGUGUUCUGAAAUACCUUUGUAAAACAAUUAUUUAAUUUUCAUCAUAACAUUUUAAUACGGGACGUGAGAGUGAAGCAGUCUGUAGUCAUGUGUACAGCAAGACAAGGCCAUUAUGUUGUACAACAGAACACAAUAAGAACACUCCAUAUGUUUCACCUGAUAUGUUCUGCUUCCACACAACUUAUUGUAAUGGUGAUUAUAAAUAAUCCUAAAACAUGA